AUGACAGAAUCCAUAUACUCGGAUGACUCGCUGGAGUUCUACUCGACGCUGACCCGGGAAUCGUUCCAGUACAACCUCACCAAGCUUCCGGAAGGCCAGUUUAGUCCCUCGGAGCUGCUGGUGCAGAGCUACAAGUACUGGUCGCUGGACGACCUCAUCAAGUCUUUGGGGUCGCUGCUGCACGAGAUCGACCAGGAACUCAUCGACCUGGUCAACAACGACUAUCUGCACUUCAUCGAGCUGGGAAACUCCAUCGACGGGUCGGUGGACCUGAUACACGACUGCAAAAUCGACCUCAACGGCUACAUCAAAGACCUGUCCAUCUCCAACAUGAAGAUCGACGCCGAUCUCGAGACGGUGGACUCCCUGCUGCUCUAUAAACGGAAGUUGAGCGUGUACAGGGCGGUCAUCAACCAGCUGGUGGUGCUGGAGGAGCAGCUGACGCUGUUUAGCAAGAAGAUCGCCACGGCAGCCGUCAAGGAGCUCGUUGCGCUGUAUCUGUCCACCAACAAAAUCUACAGCGCGCUGCUCAAGUACAAGAGCAUCGAGAUGGUGGCCGUGGCGGGCAAGAAGAUCGCAGGGAUGAAAAUCGAGCUCAGGAGCGUGCUGGACAGCAAACUGAAGACCGCCACCGGCGACGAGAAAUUGCAGCUCCUUAAAGUGUACGGCGUGCUGGGCGAGGAGCGCGCUUUCAUCAAGGCGAUAAGAAAAACCGACAACUAGAAUCCGCCAAUAGAUACUCUUUCCAUUCUAUACAAAUUAACCGUUCCCGUUCGCACUAUUCAUACACUGCCUAAACUCCUGUACACGCUCCGCUGGACCUCCUGCCAGACCUGGAACUUGACCUCGUCGGUCAGCUCGAUGCGGUUUUUCAGAGCUUUUUUGUACAGCACCUCCUCGCGCUGGGUGCCCUCGUUCUUCAACUUUUUCAGCCCGCUGAUCUUCACUUUGAACUCGUACCGGCACUGGUUUUCGAUUGCCAGGUUGAGUAAAUAAUUUUCCACGAUAUUUCUCCACUCGUAUUUUAGAAACUCGCUGCUCUGGAACUGGCUUGCGUGGCGCUGCCGCGCCUGCUGCACAAUGUAGUUUGCCGUUUUGUGCCGGAAAUCCUCGUCAAACCGGCUCUCCUUGUAAAUGUCCGAGCUUGCCAGCAGCUGCACAUACUCUGCGUCGGUGGCGUCCAGCGGAAGAACCUGGAUCCGCAGCGGGAUAGCCGGGUACGGCGACACCACCUGCGGUACCUUGCCGUGCCACUCGGGCCGCAGCGCGUCCACUAUCAACAGCGAACGCAGGUCGUUCAGUUCCCAGUCUCGCAGCCCUCGUUUGGUGAACGUGGGGCGUCCGUUCGGAAACCGCAACGUCUGCAAAUCGGGCGAAUAAUAAUCUCGGAAGUCGUGCGGCAGCGCGUCCGCAAGCGAUACACAUCCCUCGGGGACUCCUGCGGGCUCAGAAACCUGUGUCGGAACCGUUGUGUUAGUGUAUAUUUGAGUUAGGUGGCUGAAGAGCGACGAGUCGGCCGUUUGGACGGUCGUGGUGCGCCGGAGAUGCGCCGGCUCCGAUUCUGUGGACGCGUCGUCAGAAGAGUCCUGCGACGACACCGUGAUGGCCCUUCUGAGGGGCGACGAGCCGUACGUAAGCGACGGCUCCUGUUCCGUGGCCGGCUGGACAGCGUCAGGUGUUUUUGUGCUGGAUUUCUCCUGUAGGUUCUGCAAAUGACGCUGGAUGUCCUGCCGGGCCCGCACAUGGAACUCCCGAGGAGUCUUGUAAAGAUCUCGGCCGUCCUUGCCAAAGAGCUUGUAGCCGAACAUUAAGAACGUGUUGUAAAAAUUUUUAAAAGUGCGGACAAACUUUGCGCGACAAU